AUGGGCCUCCCGCUGUGCCGCCUAGACAACACGACGUGCCUUGAGGGUGGUCAUCGUGACAGCACGUCAUGCAUUCAACCUCUGUUCAUCCACCUCCACCUUCCUCGCCAUCUCCACCAAUUACCCCUUUACUCUCCGCAUCUUGCCAUUGGCUACCUCCUUGAGCCACGCACAACCACACUUCACCUCAAUCACGAACCAAGUUCUGAAUUGCAUCGGUGA